ACACUAUUCCUAAAAUCUCUCUCUCAAAAUUCCCCCAUUGGAUUGUCGACCAGACCGCCAUUUUCCUCUACCGCCCGCCACCCUCAAUUCGUCGGAUAAUCCGACAAUUUCGACAUUCUAGUUUUCAUUAAUCCAUUUCCAUUUCCCGCAUUCAUUUGGCGAAUGGUUACAAUCUGUUGAUCUUCUUCUUCUUCUUCUGCGCACUUUGAUUAUUGACGUAUUUAUAAAAAUCCCGUUCGUUUUCCUUCGAGAUUUCAUUCGAAGUAUGAUAUUUUCCAGGCUCAGCCGUUCUCUGCCGCGCUCUUCUCGUGCCCGAAAUUUGGUGUAUGGUGGAGGACGGGCGGCGAUUAAGAACAUCAAUGAACCGAUUUUGGCUGCCGAUUCCUGCCCUGGGGAGAGAGAUGGGAUCUUAGGGUUUUUGAGAGGCUAUAUUGCGUUUGUUGGGGCUCGGUCCAAAUCCGUUCCCAAGGCAAGUUUGUCCGACUUGAAUUUUGUCUUCGCGAAUCCGAAACUCCAGCGUUUCUUCUCGAGCGAAGCCCCGAAGAAGAAAAACUACGAGAACUUUUAUCCCAAAGGAAAGAAAGAAAUUCCAAAAGGGAACGGGCAAAAAUCUGAGUCUAAAGGCGACUCGAACACCGAUGACCAAGGGAGUUUUCAGGAAGCCUUCAUCAAGCAGUUUCAGAACUUAGUCACCCCUCUAAUAGUUAUUGGUCUUCUGUUUUCCUCAUUUUCUUUCGGUCCUCGUGAACAACAGCAGAUAAGUUUCCAGGAGUUCAAAAACAAGUAUCUCGAACCCGGUCUGGUAGACCAUAUUGUUGUUUCUAAUAAAUCAGUUGCAAAAGUAUUUGUGAGGAGUUCUCCAAGUAACCAAACAAGCGAAGUCCUCCAAGGUUCUUCAAGUGGUGCUGCCACUAGAGGAAAUGGAGGUCAAUAUAAAUGCUUCUUCAAUAUUGGAAGUAUUGAGUCAUUUGAGGAGAAGUUGGAGGAAGCUCAAGAGGCAUUGAAUGUAGACCCACAUGAUUUUGUACCUGUUACAUAUGUCUCUGAAAUGGUCUGGUAUCAAGAAUUGAUCAGAUUUGCCCCAACACUCUUGCUUUUAGGGUCCCUCUUUUAUAUGGGGCGCCGAAUGCAAGGAGGAAUAGGUGUUGGAGGUGGAGGUGGUGGGAGGGGCGGUCGAGGGAUAUUCAAUAUAGGUAAAGCUCAUAUCACGAAAGUGGAUAAGCAUGCUAAGAAUAAGAUCUACUUCAAAGAUGUUGCUGGCUGUGAUGAGGCAAAACAAGAAAUAAUGGAGUUUGUGCACUUCUUGAAGAAUCCUAGAAAGUAUGAGGAAUUGGGGGCUAAAAUUCCAAAGGGUGCUCUUUUGGUCGGACCGCCCGGCACUGGAAAGACCUUACUGGCAAAAGCAACUGCUGGAGAAUCAGGUGUGCCUUUCCUGUCUAUAUCGGGUUCAGAUUUCAUGGAGAUGUUUGUUGGCGUUGGACCAUCAAGGGUUAGAAACUUGUUUCAAGAAGCCAGACAAUGUGCUCCUAGUAUAAUUUUUAUUGAUGAGAUUGAUGCAAUUGGUCGUGCAAGAGGACGUGGAGGUUUCUCGGGUUCUAAUGACGAGCGUGAAAGUACUCUAAAUCAAUUGUUGGUUGAGAUGGAUGGGUUUGGAACGACGUCUGGUGUUGUUGUACUUGCUGGAACUAAUAGACCUGAUAUCUUAGACAAAGCUUUACUGAGACCUGGUCGAUUUGAUCGUCAAAUUACAAUCGACAGACCUGAUAUCAAUGGGCGUGAGCAAAUCUUUCAGAUCUAUUUAAAGAAGAUCAAACUUGACCAUGAACCAACAUAUUACUCACAAAGGCUGGCUGCAUUAACUCCCGGAUUUGCUGGAGCAGACAUUGCAAACGUCUGUAAUGAAGCUGCUUUGAUUGCUGCAAGGAAUGAAGGCACACAGGUCAAGAUGGAAGAUUUUGAAUCAGCUAUUGAUAGAGUAAUAGGUGGUUUGGAAAAGAAGAACAAGGUGAUAAGCAAGUUGGAGCGCCGAACUGUUGCCUAUCAUGAAUCAGGCCAUGCUGUUACUGGCUGGUUCUUGGAGCAUGCAGAACCUUUGUUGAAAGUAACAAUUGUUCCUCGUGGUACAGCAGCUUUAGGGUUUGCACAGUAUGUUCCCAACGAAAAUCUUCUCAUGACCAAGGAGCAACUUUUUGAUAUGACUUGCAUGACCCUCGGUGGACGUGCUGCUGAACAGGUUUUAAUAGGUAAAAUUUCAACUGGAGCUCAAAAUGACUUGGAGAAAGUCACAAAGAUGACCUAUGCUCAAGUUGCAGUCUACGGAUUUAGUGACAAAGUGGGGCUACUUUCUUUUCCUCCAAGAGAAGACGCUUUUGAAAUGUCCAAACCCUACAGUAGCAAGACUGCUGCAAUAAUCGACACCGAGGUACGAGAAUGGGUUGGGAAGGCAUACGAGCGCACGGUCCAGCUGAUAGAGGAGCACAAAGAGCAAGUGGCUCAAAUUGCUGAAUUGUUGCUUGAAAAGGAAGUUCUUCAUCAAGAAGACUUGGUUCGUGUCUUGGGCGAACGACCAUUUAAACCAUGCGAGGUAACAAACUAUGAUAGAUUCAAGCAAGGUUUCGUAGACGCAGACGAGAAACGAGUGGAAACGCCCCCAGUUCAAGCAGUUGAGGAGGAUGGUUCUACACCUUUAGAGCCACAAGUUGUCCCCACAUAACUCCGGCUGUAGUGUACAUUAAGAUCUUUUUUCCUUUUUGUUCCAUCUUUGCUAAUGGAUAGAUAGAUUUAGCCGUUCAUGAUUUUCAUGGCAAAUAUUUGAAAAAGCUGCUAUUCAGUUGGAUUGGGGUUAGUGGUGCUUAUUGAGGUUAAUUAAGCAUUUAAUCACUAAUUCCUGAUUUAAUAGGACUGUAUUUCAAAUUUUCCUCUGUAUUCUUAAUUCGAGGCUCCCAUAAGUUGGCCCGUGCAUUCAUGAAUAUAGAAAUAAAA